AUGGCGGAGAGGGCCCUCCCGCCCGUGGUGCCACCGUCGCCCGAGCCGGCCUCCUCCGCGGUCUCCACCGCCUUCGGCUCGCCGCUCGAGCCCGUCGCCCUGCCGCCCCCGCGGAAGCAGGCGCACGACACGUACGUCGUCCAGGUCCAGAAGGACCAGAUAUACCGCGUGCCGCCGCCCGAGAACGCAUACCUCGCCGAGCGGUAUCGAAACGAGCGCGCCGGAGGGGGGAAGCGUGGCGGCGGAGGCAAGGGAGCCUCGCCGUGCUCCCCGUGCGUCCUGCGCACGCUCGGGGCGGUGCUCGCGGCCGCCCUGCUGCUGGGCGCCGCCGUCGUGAUCUCCGUCGUCGUGCUGCGGCCGCAUGUCCCGAGCUUCAACGUCGACAGGCUGUCCGUGCACAACGCGUCGCGGCAGCAGCACAUGGACUACGACUUCUUCCUGACGGCGGUCAACCCGAACAAGAUGACCGCGCUGUGGUACAAGGACGGGGGGACGGCCAGGCUGCUGCACCAGGGGACGACCCUGGCGAAGGGCAACGUGGGGGAGCCCGCGGUCGGCGGCGAGGACGCCACGGACUUCAGCGUGCUGCUGCACGGGCUGCAGCACGACGGCCACACGCCCAAGGCGGUGGAGAAGGGUCUCAAGGGGUCCAAGGACGCCGUUGCGCUCCAGCUUUCCGUGGAGGUCGCCGUGCAGGUGCACAUCGGCGCGCUCGGGUUCGGGCAGAGGAGGCUGGCGGUGGACUGCGAGAUCAGCGCGGCCGGGCUGAGGAAGGACGUGCACAUUUCGUCGCAGAAGUGCAAGAGCACCUUCGGGAACUGACUCAUGGGAACUCGAUCGUACGCGCGCCUUGUGUAAAAUGUUGUGAAAUUCUUGAGACUCUUGUGUAA